AUUACAGGGAAUACCAUUAGGGCAGCCCUUGACCCCUCGCUCGCUACCGCAGCUCGUCAGCGCCGGCCCUGCGGCCGUAGCGACCGGUAACGGCCACCGGGACGGGGCCCACGCGUGCCCCCGCCCCGUGACGCCGGUUGCUAUAACGACGGGCGGGAGCGCCAACCUCCGCCGCGUCCGCGCCGUUCCUCCCGCGGCGGUCCCGGCGAUGGCGGCGGAGGAGGAGAGCGACGUGGAGUGGGUGGUGGACACCAUCGCCGGGUUCCUGCGGGGGCCUGCCUGGUCCAUCCCCAUCCUGGAGUUCAUGGAGCAGAAAUGCGAGGUUUUUGAUGAUGAAGAAGAAAGCAAGUUGUCUUAUACAGAAAUUUAUCAGGAGUACCAAGCUCUGGUUGAAAAAUUGUUAGAAGACUAUCUUAAAGAAGUUGGAAUUAAUGAAGAGAAAUUUCAAGAAGCUUUUUCAUCUCCUCUUGCAAAGACUCAUACUUCACAGGCCAUUUUGCAAACAGUGUUGGCAGCAGAAGAUUUUAGACUAUUUAAAAAAAUGAUGGUACAGAAAAAUAUUGAAAUGCAAUUGCAAGCUAUUAGAAUCAUUAAAGAAAGAAAUGGUGUGUUGCCCGACUGUUUGACAGAGGGUUCUGAUGUAUUCAGUGAAAUUGAACAAGAAGAAAUGAAAAUACUGAGGGAAGUUCUAAGGAAGUCAAAGGAAGAAUAUGAAAUAGAGCAAGAAAGGAAAAGGAUUGAAGAAGCACAUGGUAAACUUAAAUUGCCAGAUGUUACCUACAGUUUUCCAGGAGAUUCAAGAGAAGCUGUAAGAGUUAAGGAAUCCACUGAGGGAGCUGACGAUUCUGAAGAAACUCCACAAUUUUCAUUAGAGGAAUCUCGGAAAUCUGCAAGGGAAGACUUAAAACCAGUACGCCCGUUACAAAAAGGAAGAGAAAGCUCAUCUCAGCCAUCUUGUACCGAAGGGAAAGAAGACAUUAAGAAAAGGGCAGCUGGAAAAUGUUCAGAAAAUGCAGCGCAAAAAACUGGGAUGCAAGGACCUAAUUUAUCAGAACUUGAAAAGCAGCAGCUGAAGCAACGAGAGGACUACCUAAAGAAAAAACGAGACAUGCUGAUGGCUACAAAGAAGGAGUCAAGAAAUAACGUACUGUUACCAACAAACACUGACCAGAAAGAGGAGGAAUCAUCUCCAAAAGAGGAAAUGUCAGAAGAGAAGCAAAGAUUACUACAGAAGAGGAAAAUGCUUGCAGAAAAACUAAAAGAAGAAGUUAUCAAUAAGCGGUAAUUUUAAGAAGCUCAUUGUAGAACCCAAGAGCAUAAGUAUGCUUUAGAAUAAAUCAUAUAAAUAAGAAUCGAAUGGAUUUGUUUUCCACUAUUAUACUGAGUUUUAUAGAACUUUCAGACAAGCAACUCACUCCUUUUAUAUAUAAAUAUUUAAAACUACACUGAAAUACACUAAACCCACUUAUUUUCCAGAAUGCUGGAAACUCAUUGACUUUCACUGAACAUGUUCAACAGUGUGGCCGCUGCAGCAUACAGAUUUUCUAAACAAAAGCAGACAGAUCUGUUAAAAUAAUUCCUAGGUGAACACUUCUGAAGGAGUUCUAUAAUUUUAAAAAUAAAGUUAAAAUUUCUAACUUUGUUCCUCUUAUUAGAAUAUUAUAAUCAAAUCACUAUUUUUCAGCUGUGCAAUGUAAAUAAAGUCUAAUUUCACAAGGAA